UCCGAGUGUGUGUGAGUGAGUGAGUCAGUGAGCGCAAAAAAGAUAACACCGAGAGCCGAGCUGGGCCGCAGUGAAAGAUCGGGACGCACACACUCUCACCUGCGACCUGCAAUGAAAAUAAAGUAGAGAAAAGAGUGUGCGCCAGCGUGUGAUCGUGUGUGUUGGUGUGGUGGAAUAACAGAGAAAAUAAAUGGAAAUUAAAUGAAGCUGCAAAAACUGCCAAAUAAACAAAGUGCUAUGCGAUGCAUAAAUGAGAACCCGAAGGGAGUUACCUGUAUAAUCGUCAAGACCUUUGCGCCGUUCUAGAGGCCUCUAGUUGAAAGACAAGACCCCUAAAGGGACCCAACCAUGUCGCACAAGACGAGCAGCCGUCGCAGCAGCGACCUGGAGUGCCCACUGGCCUCCUUGGGCCGCAACAGCAAUGCGGUGCGCGACCACUACCACCAUCCGCAUCCGCUGAGCUCCAGUCCACUCGAUCCGCAGGCCUACAAGAUGAUGUCCCGUAAGUCACCAAAUCCCGGCAUGGAUGUGGGCGAGACGCCCAGCGACCAGGCGGCGGCAUCUUCGACCGUGCUCCACAUGGUGCAACAGAAGGCGGCAACCUUCGAGCUCAGAGGUCGCCACUCCAGACCGGAACAGGCCAGCACCUAUGGAGCUCAUUCCACGGCUUCUGUGGGCAGGCAUGCGAAGAAAUCCCCCGAGCUGCCGGCUCCAGCCUCCAGAAACCCAGUGGCCCCUGUGCCCCAGCCAAGGAACUUUCUCACCCUGGAGCAUGUCCUGCAAUUCGGAGCCCAGCGACCCAGUUGGAUGCACGGGAACAGUGCGGAUACGGAGGAUUCAAGUGACAAUAAUGCGGGUGGCGGAGGAACAGGAAGUGGAGGAGGCAGUGGUGGUGGAGCAGCUGGAGGAGGAAGAAGACGAAACCAGGGUGGCCGAUGCAGUGUGCCCACUGUUCUGAGCAGCAAUGGCGGCGCUAGCAAUGGAGCCCAGUAUCUCCUGGACAAGAAGAUGGAGUCCCUGUAUCUGGGCAACGCUCUACGAGCUCUGCCCUUGGGCGCCGAGGCGAGUCAGUACCAAAACGAGCGCUACUACCUGGAGGAUUACAGCAGCGGCAGUGGGAACGAGCGCCUGCCAGAACGCCUACACCACCCACGCACCUCCAGUCCCAGCGAGACGAGUGGCUCGGAUCGUUACCUGCUCAACAGGAGCUCCAACUCCAACCACCUGCAUUCCAAGGGUCAGAGCCUCUCGGAUGGCCUGUGCAACCUGGGCCGCUUCUCGCCCAGCUUGGACCAGGGCUAUGCCACGCUGGUCUCGCCCUCACCGACGGGUCACCAUUCGAGUGGCGGAGCGGGCAAUGUGACCAACUCCACGACGGCCAGUGGAGCGGGCAUAAUGGCCAGCAGUACGCCAACCACAACGCCGCGAAGAGGAGUCUCCAGCAACGGAGUGGGUGGAGGAGGAGUCGCUGGAGGAGGAGCAGGACCUGGCACAGCCGUUGGACCGCCUCCGUGGAACCGCAAGGGUCCCUUCCGCUGUGGACCGCUCUUCGAUCGCCUGCCCGACGAGGCCGUCGUCCGGAUCUUCUCCUGGCUGGACAGCUGCGAGCUGUGCAACGUGGCGAGGGUCUGCCGGAGAUUCGAGCACCUGGCGUGGCGACCCAUCCUGUGGAAGGUGAUCUCGCUGAGGGGCGAGCACCUCAACGGCGACAAGACGCUCAAGAUGAUCUUCCGGCAGCUGUGCGGGCAAAGUUGCAACGGAGCCUGUCCGGAAGUGGAGCGCGUAAUGCUGGCCGAUGGCUGCCGCAUCUCGGAUAAGGGUCUCCAGCUCCUCACCCGUCGCUGCCCGGAGCUGACCCACCUUCAGUUGCAAACCUGCGUGGGCGUCUCAAAUCAGGCGCUAGUCGAGGCGCUGACGAAGUGCAGCAAUCUGCAGCAUCUGGAUGUGACAGGCUGCAGCCAGGUGAGCAGCAUCAGUCCGAAUCCCCAUGUGGAGCCACCGCGUCGCCUCCUGCUGCAGUAUCUGGACCUCACCGACUGCAUGGCCAUCGAUGACAUGGGCCUGAAGAUCGUGGUCAAGAACUGUCCCCAGCUGGUGUAUCUGUAUCUGCGGCGCUGCAUACAAAUUACAGAUGCGGGUCUGAAGUUUGUGCCCAGUUUCUGUGUGUCGCUGAAGGAGUUGAGUGUGUCCGACUGCCUGAACAUCACCGAUUUUGGCCUGUACGAGCUGGCCAAGUUGGGGGCAGCACUUCGCUACCUUUCGGUGGCCAAGUGCGAGCGCGUCUCGGAUGCUGGGUUGAAGGUCAUCGCCAGGAGGUGCUACAAACUGCGGUAUCUCAAUGCCCGAGGAUGCGAGGCUGUGAGCGAUGACUCCAUCACGGUCCUAGCCCGAUCCUGUCCGCGGCUCAGAGCUCUAGACAUCGGAAAGUGCGAUGUGAGCGACGCGGGACUGCGCGCCUUGGCCGAAAGCUGUCCCAAUCUCAAGAAGCUCAGCCUGCGCAGCUGCGACAUGAUUACGGAUCGCGGGGUGCAGUGCAUCGCCUACUACUGCCGGGGAUUACAGCAACUGAAUAUCCAGGAUUGCCCGGUGUCCAUCGAGGGCUAUAGGGCGGUCAAGAAGUACUGCAAGCGCUGCAUCAUCGAGCACACCAAUCCGGGAUUCUGUUGAGAUGCCCCUUUUGUGGCAUAAGCCACCACCAAAAGCACAGAGGCAGGCCAUAGAAGCAGGAAUCACUGCACAAAUGAGAAUUUAUGGGCACAUAAGGGUUCUCCAUUAUAAAGUGCCAGGCUAACAUAGGCCAACCAAGGGAACUAAGCCCUAGUUCAAUGAUCAUUCUGUAAAAAGGGAGGGAACCCCCUUUAUAAAGACGAUCAAUGAGUUUAGUUGUUAUUGUAAAUUGUACAUAUCGAACGGAAGCUGGACAGGAUUAGCAUAGCAUAGAACAUGUUCAAGUAGACUAUGUUUAAGUAGACUAAUUCUUGGCGUAAUAAAUUAUUGUCCCCACCACA